AUAUUUGUAGCUACACAUUGUGUUGAUUGAAUUUCUACAUUAAUAAUUAAUAAUUUAUAAAUAACAAAAUUGGUGCUGCCCCUUCUUGGGUCGCCCAAUUGGAGUUAGAAUCCGUUUUGACCUUACAAAUAAUUAACCUGUCCAAAUCUCAAACGAUAGGCGGAGAGCGGAAAAAAAACCGUCAAAUAAUUAUGCUUAUUUAAAUGUGCAUCGUAUCAACAUCACUCCGGACCACAUGUAGAAUUAUUCAUUUGUCACGGCACUAAUUAUUUGAUAUAUUGAGGGUUAGAGCCAAAGGAAACAUGACCUGCCAAAUGGUGAUCAUGUUUCCUUUGGCUCUGAGCAAAAAUGACUUAUUAAUUAAUUAAAUGUUUACUGGCUUAACAUUGGCGAAUUAGAUUUUCAUGCAGAGGGUCCCUAUGCUAUCCCCCCGAAUCGGCCCGAUGUACAAAUUGAAUUUAAUAUGUGUAUUUUUUAAGCUAUUUGUAUCGCUUUGUGAAUUUAUUUAAUCUAUUUGUCUCGCUUAGAGAAAUACACAUAUUAAAUUCAAUUUGUAUGUCUACAUCGUUUACAUGUUGUCUUGGGUUGAAGCUCUUUUAAUUAAGAAGUUCCUCAACUCUAAUUGGUGUCUGGCUCUCAUUCGUCAGAAGCAGGGCAGAUAAUGCUGUUAUUUUUGGCAAUAAUCUGACUUUGUUGCAUGUACAUUCAAGCCUUACCGACGAAUCAGACCUCACACUCUAUGCACAAACCCCGUAACUUUAUUUAAACCUUUUAUGUAAUGUUCAAAGCUGUUUUUGGGGCCAGAACAGAUUAUAUGGCUGAUUGCAGCUAACCAGCAACGUGGCAGGAUUGUCAAUGCCAUCGAUGCGCGAAGUUGCGUGCAUUUAAUUAAACUAAUGACAGAGAUUCCUUAUUAAGGUGUCAUGUGUCGUGCGUGACACAGGUGACGUCUGAUUUAUGAUCUCUCAAGCAGUUAAGCAAAUUUGCAAGGCUGCAAGGAAGACAGGAACGUGUCAACUGCAGCUGGCUAAGGUCCCAGAUUGGUGACUAUAUAAGCUACUGUUCGGACAAAGAGCCCAUCAAAGUGUGCAAUGUCGCCGCGACCAAGUGAAAUAUUUCGCAACAUUAUGCGCUUUGUGCGCUUUAUAUCGGGCUGCAUUGGUGUCGAUGCCUACGAUCCGAGUUAUCGGUUUAACACUAUCACAGCCUUUACAACGGGCUCCAUCAUAAUGUACAUGUGCUUUACGAGCGUAACUGUGUUCAAGGAAUUCAAGAAGAACUGGAUGUUCUUGAUACAGGCAUUUGCUACGACCGGCAGCGUGGUGCAAGGCAUCAACAAGUUAUGCGUUGGAAUCCUUUCUGCCCGCACAGUAUCAGAGCUCUACCUGCAAAUAGAGAACAUAUAUUUGGACUUCGAAAAGGACCAUGAUCCCAGAUAUCCAAAAGCACUCUUAAACAACUGUAGCAAGCUAAAACGCGUUCUGUUAUUGGUUGGCGCCAUCUACGUGAUUGGCGUCUGCGGAAUCAUCCUCACAACGGUUGUGGCAUCCAUUAUAACUGGCCAUACCUAUUUAAGUAUGCACUUUCAUCUACCCGGCUUAGAUGUGAAUACCAAACUGGGUGGCUGGGUGACCCUAGCAGUGCAUUGCGUAUGCGUUGUUAUUGGUGGAACUGGGCUGUAUGCAGGAGACAUGGUUAUCAUAGUCUAUCUGCUGCAAUCUUUUGUCUAUGCGGAUUUUUUGAAAUUCAAGGUGGAUGCGCUAAAUACGCAUGUCAACAUAGUACAAAACGAUAAGCUACAAUAUCAGACCUCCCAGAUGCUUGUUGAUAUUGCAAGGUGGCACCAGAUCUUUACAACAUUCAUAGCCAAGUGCAAUGACAUGUUUUUUAUAUUGGUAUCCGUUCAGGUUGCAUCCUCUGCCUUGUGCAUUGUCAUAACAAUCUUUGCGUUGCUUACUAGCGAGUGGUUAGGGGGCUACUGUUAUCUAUGUAUUCUCGUUUCCAACUUGUAUCUCUAUUGCGUACUUGGGACAAUGCUCGAGAGCUGCAAUGACAACGUUAUGUACGAGAUGUACAACAUAUCGUUCUACGAUCUGCGCGCUGAACAUCAGCGCUUCGUGUUUUUUAUGCUAGUCAAAAGUCAGCAACCGGGUGUGAUUCGACUGCUUGGAGUGAUGCCGCUGUCUGUUAGCUCUGCUCUGCAGGUCAGUGAGUGCUGCAAAUUAUGCGACUAAAUAAUAUUAUUUCUCUUAUUUGCAGAUAACCAAGAGU